AUGGAUACUGAGACUGAGGUGGCAGGACCAAAUUCCCGACACCGACGAACUAGAGCAACCGGGAAUCCUCAGCAUCAACGUCAUGCUGAGACAGCUGAAGCUACGCUAGAGCGGCCACCCAAGCGACUCUUCUAUGAAGACAGGUUCACGCCAACGAGGAAGUCAAUUCAGGCGCUACAAGGAUACUCAGAAAACCUCCUUGAAGCGUUUGCAAGUCAACCCGGUCAACUGGGAAGACCUCGCCCGGGACCGACCUACGUGGAGGACAGUGAAGACAGGCACAGCACCACCGCCGCCAAAGCCAAACGCAAAAAAACAAAUCUCAACUGUCGCCGCCGCCUCGCAACGCCAACGUCCAGCCGCUUCCAACGUGCGAACGAUAUCAACGGACAUUCCGGGCGUCAAAUGGACUUGUUAGACACCUCCGGACCAGCUGCACCACCCGAACUGCGCCAACCGUCGUCUCUCUCUCUCUCGCCGUCAACCAACACUGACCGCCCUACCCAACCACCACCACCACCAUCCUCCUCCUUAACGUCGGCCGCUGUAGCGUCUGUCAUGCCCAUUAACACCACAGACAAGCCCUACACACAAACACCACCGCCGUCGACACCGGUGGUGAGGACCUGGUCUACACCUGUCCUCAUUGCGGCCGCACCUUCACCUCACAAAUCGGUCUGGUCGGUCGCUUGCGAAUCCAUCGCAUAG